AUGAAGAAGGCACAAGAAUUUUCAUCCUUUACUGAUCAAGUACACAGCGCUGUGAACUCAACUGUCGAAAACGUUCUAGGGUCUGCCAACUACGAAACAAAUGAAGUUCCGAAUUGGGUAGAUACGAUCACAGCAGGGAUUCUUGAAAACCUCCAGAAGAUGAGUGACGCUUUUAAAUACGUUGUAACGGUAGUCGUUCUGCAGAGGAGUAAUACUGGAUUCCACUUGUUCAGCACAUGCUAUUGGGAUCAAUCGCUAGAUGGAACUGUUACUGUUCAAUGGGAAAACAAAUCUAUGCACUGCAUUGUAACCGUUUUUGGUAUUUCUCUAUGA